GUCAUUUCACUUCUUGCGUGUUCUGAAAGAGGCGACGUUUGCGUUUUCUGCUGACGAACUUCGACCUGUUUCUGGUGAUUCUGGCGGUUGUUUUCGGCGGCUUUAAUUGGCGGGUUAGACUGGUGGUUGGCGAGUUUGGAGUUUUGGCUCGGUUAAAGGUGUUGUCGACAAGGUUUUGGGUUGUUGUGGCGUAGUUUCUUCGGCAAACGACGAGGGUUUGAAGCGACUUCAGAGUGGUUUUGUUUGUUACUUUGGUUUCUACGUUGUUGAUUUGGUUAAAGGUUUUGUGAAAUUUGAAGUGUUUUUCUUUUACCCUUUUGUUUCGUUGCUGAGAAAACGGAAGAAAAUAGCAUGCGAGAAAAGAGAUUUCUGAAUUUUAAAAACGCCAGAAAUUCACCGGAAAAAAAAAAUCCAAUUUUGGAUAAUCUGUGUUCAAGAUGUUAGAUUUCAAUUUAUUUUUUUAUUUAUUAAUUUAUUUUUGUGAUAUUUAUUAUGUAUUAUGUUUCUUGUUUUUCUCUGUUUGGUUGCAGAGAAACUGAAAAAAAGAACAUGAAAGAACUUUUGAAUGUUUGUUGAGUGCUUUUCAUAAUAGCGGUUCAUGACUAGCUUCUUCUUAACAAAACUAACAACAAUGGAGAUAGACAUAUUGUGCUUUGAAUGUGUGUUGAAUGGUUUUAAUUGUUAUGUGAUUUUGGCUUCAGGAAUUCUGAGACUGCAAUACUCCGGUCGGGUUCAAAUGAGAAUCGAAAAUCAUCAUCGCCAGAGAAGGAAGAUCGAUACUACACCACGAGAGGAUCAGUGGGUGGUGAUGAGAAUGGCAAGGUUCCUGUAGAUACCAACAAUGGAGAGGAUAAUAAAUUGGUUGUUUGGCCGAAGCUGUAUAUUACUUUGUCGAACAAAGAGAAAGAGCAGGAUUUCUUAACUAUGAAAGGGUGUAAGGGUCCGCAAAGGCCUAAAAAGAGAGCUAAGAUUAUUCAAAGAAGUUUACUUUUGGUGAGUCCUGGUGCUUGGUUGACUGAUAUGUGCCAAGAGAUGUAUGAAGUUAGGGAGAAGAAGAGCUCUAAGAAGAGACCAAGAGGAUUGAAAGUCAUGGAGCAGCAGGGCCACUUUGCUUUUGAAAAUUUUGGAAAUUUGUGUUGUGAUGUGAGUGCGUGGGUUAAGAUUUAUAUUUGUAUUAGAUGAUGAAAAAACCAACACUCUCUGCUGGGUUUGCUGUAUAGAAGUAACAUUUAAUUUUUGUCAAUGAGAAAAAUAAUCUCAUUUUACCAUAUCAAACACUUGUAGAGGUGGACCGGUCCCAGGCCCAUGAGAAAAAUUAGGACCCGGACCAGGCCUUAGGCCUGGUAGGGACUGGUCCUAUGGGCCCAGGACCAGUCCUAGGA